UGGAAUUUGUUGCGCGACCAAGGGCUAUGGGUUAGUGGGCGGCUGUGGUUGGGACAAGGCAAGGCAUGGCAUGGCAUUUACGGCCAGGGCCUCUGGAGAGCUGUGUAUGGCACUGUGUGUGGCAGACCGACCGCUCUGUUAGGGCUUGGACGGCUUCCCGUCAGAUGAAAGAAACGAUCAUGAACCAAGAAAAGCUUGCUAAGCUCCAGUCCCAAGUGCGCAUUGGUGGCAAGGGUACUGCCCGCAGAAAGAAGAAGGUUGUCCAUAGAACAGCUACAGCAGAUGACAAGAAACUUCAGUUUUCUUUGAAGAAACUGGGUGUCAACAAUAUUUCUGGAAUUGAAGAGGUAAAUAUGUUCACCAACCAAGGAACAGUCAUUCACUUCAAUAACCCUAAAGUUCAGGCAUCCCUGGCUGCUAACACUUUCACUAUCACUGGCCAUGCUGAGACCAAGCAGCUGACAGAAAUGCUUCCUAGCAUCUUAAAUCAGCUUGGAGCUGACAGUUUGACUAGCCUGAGAAGAUUGGCAGAAGCCCUACCCAAGCAAUCUAUGGAUGGAAAAGCACCACUUGCUACUGGUGGUGAUGAUGAUGACGAUGAUGAAGUUCCAGAUCUUGUUGAAAACUUUGAUGAAGCUUCAAAGAAUGAGGCAAACUAAACUAAGUGACACUUUGUGAAUAAAAUUAAAACUUGAAAAAGCUACAUGGCUACAUGGAGCUGCUAUUUUAUAUUGUGACUGCUUUUAUUUGAUUUUAUUUUUAUUUCCUGAUGAGAUCUCAAGAUGUGUAAUAUUUGGAAACUCCUGAACCUGCAGCUCUUAUUCAGUUAUUGCUUGAACACAGUAUUGUUUUUUUGGCCUAGUUUAACAAGCCUAUGCUUCAAAAUAAGUCAGAUUGCUAAUCAAUCUCUACCUAGACACAAAUUUUGAGCAACUUGUCUAUGAGCUACCCCAUCUUUAAUGAACUUUGCCAUACAAUAAAGAAUAUGAAAUGAA